GCUCAAUCAGGUGACAGCAGUCACUCCUGAAGAAACAAUCUUAAGGCAUGUUGUUGACAGGAGCAAUCAGCACAAUAUAUAGCUCCAGGGGAGAAAAUCAGUGGCACACAGCGCCAUGGCUUCUGACGCAGGUUCUUCAGCUGGUGAUCCCACCCUGAGGAGAAGAAUCGAACCCUGGGACUUUGAAGCAAUCUUUGACCCCAGAGAACUCCGUAAAGAGGCCUGUCUGCUCUAUGAAAUCAAGUGGGGCACAUGCCACAAGAUCUGGCGACACACAGGCAAAAACACCACCAGGCACGUUGAAGUCAAUUUUAUAGAAAAAAUUACUUCAGAAAGACAAUUUUGCUCAUCCACCAGCUGCUCCAUCAUCUGGUUCUUAUCCUGGAGUCCCUGCUGGGAAUGCUCCAAGGCUAUUACAGAAUUUUUGCGUCAACGACCUGGUGUGACUUUAGUUAUUUAUGUGGCACGGCUUUAUCACCACAUGGAUGAACAAAACCGACAAGGACUCAGGGACCUCAUUAAGAGUGGUGUGACUGUCCAGAUCAUGACAACCCCAGAGUAUGAUUACUGCUGGAGGAAUUUUGUCAACUACCCACCUGGGAAAGACACUCACUGCCCAGUAUAUCCCCCUCUGUGGAUGAAGCUAUAUGCACUGGAACUCCACUGCAUAAUUUUAAGUCUCCCUCCCUGUUUAAUGAUUUCAAGAAGAUGUCAGAAACAGCUUACAUGGUACAGGCUUAAUCUUCAAAACUGCCAUUACCAACAGAUUCCACACCAUAUCCUUUUAGCUACAGCGUGGAUAUAACUUCCUGUGACUUGGAGAUGAAUACAAUGAUUCUUUGCAGGAAUGAUGAUUCACUAAUGAUUGAAUGUCAUUAGUUAGAAUCUAGAAAUUUUUUUGUUUCUGUUACUAUAAAUUUACGAACUAUAAAUUAUCUGAAAAAUAAAGGACUAUCCCAUUUACAAUAGCAUAAAAAUACAUAGGAAUAAAUUUAACUAAGGAGGUAAAGACUGAAAACUAUAAGAUAUUGAUGAAAGAAAUUGAAGAAGACACAAAUAAACGGAAGGAUAUCCCAUGUUCAUGGAUUCAAAUAACUAAUAUUAUAAAAACAUCCAUACUCCCGAAAACCAUCUAUAGAUUCAAUGCAACUCUAUCAAGAUUCCAAUAGAAUUUUUCACAUAAAAAAAUACAAUUCUAAAAUUCAUAUGGAACCAUAAAAGACCUGAGUAGCCAAAGCAGUCCUGAAAAAGAAGAACAAAGCUGGAGGCAUUACAAGUCCUGAUUUCAAACUAUAUUACAUAUCUAUCGUAAUCAAAAGAAUAUGGUAUUGGCACAAAAACAUAGACCAGUGGAACAGAAUAGAGAGCCCAGAAAUAGACACAUAUAUAUGUGGUUAAUUAACAUUUGUCAAGGAAAUCAGGAACACAAUGGGGAAAAGGUAGUUCCUUUAGUAAAUGAUACUCACAUACAAAAGAAUGAAAUGGGACUUCUAUAUUACACCCCUCAUAGACAUGAUUUUAAAAUGGUUUAAAGACUUAAAUGUAAGGCUUGAAACCAUAAAACUCCUAGAUGAAAACAUGGGGAAAAUCCCCUUGACCUUAGUCUUGCAAUAAUUUUAUGGAUAUUAUACCAAAAGUGAAAGCAACAAAAGCAAAAAUAAACAAGUGGGACUAUAGCAAACUAAAAAGCUUCUGCACAGAAAAAGAAA